AUGGUGCUUUACGCUAUUGAUGCAAUCCAGAAACGCAGACGAACAUUUCGUGCUAUUAAUAAGUUUCCCGGCCCGCCCGUUUAUCCGAUCAUUGGAAACUCGGAUGCAAUUGCAUUUAAAAGCCCCGCCAAAACUUUCGAAUGGGCACGUAUCUGGGCGAAAAUGUACCGAGGCUCGUACCGUUUCUGGAUCAACGAGUGGCUCUUCGCCCUGAACGUGGUAAGAGUUCGUGAAGUGGAACCACUGUUGUCUAGCACAAAAAAUAUCGACAAGAGCAGUAUUUACAAGUUCAUGCAUCCCUUCGUUGGACAUAGCGUGCUAACUAGUACUGGUUCACAUUGGCUCCAGCGGCGCCGUAUAUUGACCCCUACGUUUCAUUUUAAUAUCCUAACUGGAUUUCAUAAGGUGUUUUUAGAUGACUGUGAACAACUUAUGCAAACACUAGAGAAGCAAGCCAACGCUGACGAAGCUACUGAUCUUCAGUCCGAAAUGUCGCGUUUUACGUUGAGUACGAUUUGUGAAACAUCUAUGGGUGUCAAACUGGAUUCUAUCGAGGGUAGUGAACUAUAUCGACAAAAACUGCACAAAAUUGGUGAAAUGCUGAUCUACAGGCUGAUGCGCCCUUGGAUUCACUACAACUUUACCGCUCGACUAACUGGCUAUUUAUCUUACUUUCAAAAGCUUUCAGAUCAUGUUCACUCAUUUACGGAGAAAAUCAUCAACCAAAGGAGAGAACAGUUUAACCAGAUGGCGGACGAACUAGAAGAUCUAUCCGAGGAGAACAUUUAUACUAACACGAAAAAACGAUACGCAAUGCUGGACUCCCUUUUUCUGGCUGAGAGGAAGGGGCAGAUUACCGAGGAAGGAAUUCGUGAAGAGGUCGAUACGUUCACCUUUGCAGGUCACGACACUACCGCAGCUGCGUUGGUUUUUAUAUUUUUUCAACUCGCUCGUGAACCUGAGGUUCAGGAACAGAUGUACCAGGAGAUUUGCGAAGUUCGUUCCCGUAAGCCUGCCGAAGAGAAAUGGUUCAAUCAGCAGGACUACGCAGAAAUGAAGUUUGUGGACCGAGCACUGAAGGAAUGUCUUCGGAUGUGGCCUCCGGUUUCAUUUAUGUCACGGGGCGUUAGCGAAGAUAUCCUGCUAGCAGACGGGGAUAUCAUUCCGGCAGGCUGUAUUGCAAAUGUUCACAUUUUCGAUUUACAUCGCGAUCCGGAACAGUUUCCAAAUCCGGAUGUAUUUGACGCGGAUCGCUUCCUGCCGGAGAACGUAGAGCGUAGAAAUCCCUAUGCGUACGUCCCGUUCAGUGCGGGCCCUAGGAAUUGCAUUGGUCAAAAAUACGCAAUGUUGGAGCUGAAAGUCGUUGUUACGCAUACCCUGCUGCGGUUCAAAGUGCUUCCGAAGACGCGCCUGGACGAGAUUGUCUUUGUUGCAGAUCUUGUAUUAAGGAGUACAACUCCGGUUGAGGUUAGGUUCGUUAAACGAACCUAA